AUGCCUGACCCAAGUUUAACAGAAGAACAAAAGAACUUCAUAGCCGAGUGCGAAGCCGAAUUCCAGGACAGAUUUACCAAAAAUGACGAAGCUUUUAUGAAGAUUCACACAUCUGAAAGUAGUAAACCGCCAAUUAUGGAUCCGUGGUAUAACAAACCGCGACGCAACUUUGAUUGGAGCCGUCAGAACCAAAAUCAAAAUCGUCGCAAUAAUCAUUGGGAGCGUCGACACGGUGAUCGUAGUGAAAGAAUAGAACGUCAUGCGGGUCGACAACAUUUGUAUUCAAAUAGAAACAAUCCUUAUUAA